AUGAGAAGGGGUGAAUACAAAGUAGCAGGUGGCUAUCCACUGUACAAACUGGACAUUGAAGCUUUCAAGAAGGACUACAUGGUUCAUGUAAAAGGCAUUGAUGGAUAUGAGGCACAACAAGUUCUUAUAAUGUUCAUGGACAAGGAAGCCGAAAUUGAAAGUAAUGUCAUGUUGGAUGACCAGAAAAUGACCGAAGAAGAUAGGCAGAGAGAGCUGGAAAGAAUACACAAAGAACACCAGGAUGCCCAAGAAGCACAAGAAAUGUUAUUUGAAAGUAAACUAUGCGAAGAAAAAGAGCGCGCUGAAGAGCAUCAAAGGAAAAUGGAAGAAGAACGUAAUGGAUAUAUGAAGAGACAACAGGAGAAAAUGGCAGCGAUAAAGAAUGAAUUCGAUGCUCAAAUGAAACUUAGUGAAAAGCAAAUGGAAAUGAUGCGUGCGCAAAAUGAGUCCGAAAGGAAAUCAUUCCAGGAGCAAGUGAAUAGGUUGACAGAAGAACAUAAGAGGAAAGAACUAGAAAAUAAGAAUUGGUUUGAUAAAAUGAUACAAAAUGAGAACGUCAGAGCACAGCAGCGAGUUUACGAUGUCACUAACAAAUUCCAAAAUAUGCUAGAAGUAGAAAAGAAAAGGUGUUCAAAUAUGGAUAGUAAUAUAAAAUCACAAAAGCGGGAAAUAGAGGAGGAGAAAAAGAAAAGGAGAGAAAUGGAAGAAGAAUAUUUGCGAGAGAUGAAUGCCUAA